UGUUUGCCAUUGGUCACUCGUAUUAGUACCGGUAUGAAGUUGAGUCUUGUAUUCGCGAUUCUUGCAUGCCAGCUACCAGUAUGUGCUGCUUACAUAAAGUUUGCUGCUUACUACCAAGACCAUAUGGUUCUACAAAGAGGUCCCAAACAUGCGGUGGUUUGGGGAACUUCGAAUAAGAUUGGAGAAGCCGUGACAGUUGAAGUCAGUGGUGGUCAUGGUAACGUAUCUACCACGGUCGUUGCUGAUCCUGAUGGAGAGUUGGACGGUGUGUGGACAGUGAAGCUCCCUGCAAUAACGGACCCCGGACCUUUCACUGUAACAGCUUCUUACAGAUGGGGAAAUGUCUCAAUUCAGGAUGUACUUUUUGGCGAUGUGUGGAUUUGUUCCGGACAAAGCAACAUGAAUUUUUACGUCAGCCGGCUAUUUGACCCCGCAAAAGUUGUAGCAGAGGCAGAAAGGUACCACGAUAUCCGUGUAUUCAGAACACACACUCUUGAAUCCAACACCACCUUCCACAACCUCCAUGGCUCUGCACUCCACUGGUCAAAGCCAUCACAAGCAUCUCUCCAACUGUUUUCUGCUGUAUGUUGGCUGUACGCCCAGUACCUCUACCCUCACCGCAAGUAUCCUCUUGGUAUGGUGGAAUCUGCCUGGGGAGGGACGUCCAUCGAGGCAUGGUCGUCACCUGAUGCUCUCGCGAAGUGUCCAGUGAAAACAAAGAGAGGACCGAAUUCAGACAACGUCCUCUGGAACUCUAUGAUGAAUCCUUUCACUUACAUGACAAUCUAUGGCGUCCUGUGGUAUCAAGGAGAAAACAAUGCCCAUCACCCUGAUCGCUAUGCUUGUGAGUUCCCUGCCAUGAUAGCCGACUGGAGGAGUAAGUUCCAUCAAAGAUCUUUGGGAGAGACAGAAGCUGAUUUCCCCUUCGGAUUUGUUCAGCUUGCUGCCAAUAAUAAUGUUACGUACGUCGGCUCUUUUCCUCAACUACGUUGGGCACAAACGGCUAACCUCGGACGUGCACCUAAUUCCAAAAUGCUCAACACGUUCAUGGCAGUCGCCAUGGACUUACCGGAUUUCGCAUCUCCAUACGGGACUAUCCAUCCUCGUUACAAGGAAGACGUGGCAAGGAGACUGUUGUUAGCAGGGAGGGCUGUGGCCUACAAAGAGACGGGUCUGGAUUUCCAAGGUCCUUUUCCAUCCGGUUUUGGUGUCAACGAUAAAGUUCAACUUCUUAACAUUGAAUUCAGUUCGGGACACACGCCAAUUGAAGUCAGGAAUAAAGACGGAUUUGAGGUUUGUUGCUCAAGUUCAAGGACUACGACGUGUGGUGCUCAUGACGUGUGGGUUCGUGCGCCAAUCACGACGCACGACAUAAAGUCUGUGACUGUGUCAACAUCCGGCUGUGGUAGUCGCCAUCUUGUUGGCCUCCGUUACGAAUGGCGGACCAGCCCUUGUCCGCUGAGGAAGUGUGCCGUGUAUGGGAGAGACAACGACUUGCCAGCUCCCCCCUACAUCAGGAGCCACGCCUUCACUGAUAGCUCGUCCCACAUCAUUGGAUAGGCCUUGUUACUUUAAAGAUGGGAUUUUCAGUUGACAAUAUAACAUUCGUUGUAUACGUUAUGCAAUAUUGUACAAUGUCACCUUGACAGUUGGAUCGACAAGCACAAUAUAAACUAAAUAUCUGGUUUCAACUUGCAUAAAGGCAACGGAUGUUAAGUGUGUUUGCAAAACCAUAACUAAAACAAAACUCAAAACAGAAACAAUAAUCCAACAGAAAGCGAUACCACGCUUCUGUGAUGUUGUGCAUCGUUGGUCGAAUCCGAGAUUCACACUGAUUA